AUGCGACGAACGCAAUAUGGUGUAAGAGGUAGGGCGUACGCUAGUUUAGCGGUGUUAGGUAGGAUUCCUAGUCUAGCGGCGCUGCCCGUUUCCAGAUUGGUAUUCAGGAACGGUGGGAAUAGCGGCGGCGGUAGCAGGAUGACGGACAUGGUUGUGAGUGGUGCUCUGGGUGGCCGGUCAGGGUUGGGAUCGGCGGGGGCAGAGGGUGAGUCGUUUUAUACAUUUAUGGCUGUUUCGGUUCUUUUGGUUUUGCUCGGAGGUGUGUUUGCGGGGUUGACGUUGGGUUUGAUGGGUCAGGAUGAGAUAUAUUUGAAGGUGAUCAGCACUUCAGGUAGUAAAGCGGAGCAGAAACAUGCGCAGCGGGUGCUGAGGUUGUUAGGACGCGGUAAACAUUGGGUUUUGGUGACGCUUUUGUUGAGUAAUGUGAUAACGAAUGAGACGCUGCCGAUUGUGCUCGAUAGAUGUAUCGGAGGCGGGUGGCAGGCGGUUGUCAUGAGCACUGCGUUGAUAGUUGUUUUCGGGGAGAUCAUACCGCAGUCGCUGUGUGUUCGUUAUGGGUUGGAAGUUGGCGCAUGGUUCAGUCCCUUUGUGUUGUCACUGAUGUAUCUGAUGUAUCCGAUGGCAUACCCUAUUGCGCUUUUGUUGGAUUAUCUUCUUGGGGAGGACCACGGUACCGUUUACAAGAAGUCAGGUUUGAAAACGCUGGUUACGUUGCAUAAGACUAUGGGAGUGGAGAGGCUGACACAGGACGAGGUGACUAUUAUCUCUGCGGUUUUGGAUUUAAAGGAUAAGCAGGUACAAGAGAUCAUGACGCCUAUUGAAAAUGUGUUUACGAUCAGUGCGGAUAAGAUACUUGAUGAGAAGGCUGUAGAGGAGUUGUUUAAUUCUGGAUUUUCCCGUGUCCCAAUAUAUUUACCGGGACAGCCUACGAACUUCAUCGGUAUGUUGUUGGUGCGUGUAUUGAUUUCAUAUGAUCCUGCAGAUGCCCUUCCAGUUUCGCACUUUCCUCUUGCCACGCUGCCCGAAACGUCGCCAAAAACAUCUUGUCUGAAUAUUCUCAAUUACUUUCAAGAGGGUAAAUCACAUAUGUGCGUUGUGUCUAAAGAUCCUGGUUCUUCUUCUGGUGCUCUUGGUGUCUUGACGUUGGAAGAUGUAAUUGAGGAGCUUAUUGGUGAAGAAAUUGUUGAUGAGUCUGAUGUCUUUGUCAACAUUCACCAGCGUAUCAUGCGUAAGCAGCCAGGACCAUUGUCAAAACGCCAUAUUACUUCUUAUCUUCAUUCUUUGUACACCAGUUCAAGUAGAGCGUCUGCUGCUGCUGCUGCUGCUGCUGCUGCCGCUACAGACUCGGGUCCUGGUUCUGGUUUGGAAUCCGCAAGAGGGGCUCUAGUGAUUGGCGGGGGUGAUAGUGCCGUGUCCGCUAAGAGUACUACCUCCAUCACUAAAGAACAACAGCAGCAACAACAACCACAACAAUCCUCACUUCCUAUGGUCAACAAUGAAAUCCGCAUUCCUGUAACUGAUAUCAUUCAGCCACUAAAUCCGGCUGCUAAUCCCCUUAACAUCAAUAACCCGUAUGUGACUAUUAAACGCCAAAGCUCGCAAUUACAGAAGUCGAUGUCUUCACCCAGGCCCUCUGUUUCAAAUGAUGUAUCAAAGCAGCAGGGCCGGCAGGAGCAGGAACGCCGGCAGGAUGCAACGCUGGAGGCACAGCAGUCUGUGACAAUGCCUUUCCGGAAUGGUUCCUCCUCACUCCACCAGGACUAUGGCACCACCGAUAAUAAAUCUUCCCACGGCUUCACCAUGCCCUCGAUGACGACCAAGCUGGUAAAAGAGCAUUCCAUGCAAUCGGAUAAAGCCUUCAAACACACCGUAGAAACAGGCGAAACCUCCUACGUAGUGUCCACCGUUUUAUCUGAUCCGGAAAACAACAGCAACAUGGCUACCUCGCCAUCUCAGCUGCCACUGGAAAAACUGUCUCCAGUAUCCCCCUAUAGCGAAAAGGAUCCCCUUUACAGAAACGUCAUAGCUUCCAGCUAUAAGUCAACGAAGAACGGUAUCGUAGAAUCAGUCAUCACAGUACAAGGAGUCCAUAAAACUAUCAUCGAACCCGCCCAAGAUUGGGAUGAUUCUAACGCUGCCAGAAAGCUACCUAACAGUACUCACUCAGAAUCCACCUCCUCGUCCUUCUCCCCAGACCGCAAUCGAACCAAAUCUGUCACUCGUAGCCCUAAAUUUCCCGCGGUAUCAAAUCUCACCGCACGCAACUGA